UUUGAUAAAUACUCCACGGUGACAAUACCAAGGAGAACACAAAAAGGCUUUUUAGGGUUUCUGUUUGUGAGAAAAAAAAUGGCGGAAGAAAGUGGACAGAGGGCUAAGGGUACCGUGAAGUGGUUCAAUGACCAGAAGGGUUUUGGGUUUAUCACUCCUGAUGAUGGCAGCGAAGAUCUGUUUGUUCAUCAAUCAGGUAUCAGAUCUGAGGGUUUUAGGAGUUUAGCUGAAGGUGAGGCUGUUGAGUACGAGGUUGAGAAUGGUAGUGAUGGACGUACUAAGGCUGUUGAUGUUACUGGACCUGAUGGUGCUGCUGUUUCUGGUGGGUCACGUAGCGGUGGAGGCGGAGGAGGCCGUGGUGGUGGUGGUUAUGGUGGAGGAUACGGUGGUGGCCGUGGGGGUAGCCGUGGUGGAUAUGGCGGUGACAGUGGGUAUGGUGGUGGAUACGGUGGAGGAAGCCGGUAUGGUGGCGGUGGCAGUGGAUAUGGAGGAGGCGGUGGUUAUGGCGGUGGCGGUGGUGGCUGCUUCAAGUGUGGUGAGAGUGGGCACUUCGCUAGGGACUGUAGCCAGGGUGGAGGCGGCGGAGGUGGCGGCGGGAGAUAUUCCGGCGGCGGAGGCGGCGGCGGCUGCUACAAGUGUGGUGAAGACGGGCACUUUGCUCGUGAAUGCACCAGUGGUGGUCGCUGAUCAUUGCUGAAACCCUCUAUGCUUUUAUCUUUUAAGUUAUAAGUUAUGAUUUCCGGUGCUUUAUCUCUAGUGUUAUAUCGGAUAUCGGAUUUGGUUUCCUUUUAUAUCCUUAUUUUCUGGUUUUAGUAGUUAGUAGUAUUAUCUUGAAGCUUUUUGACAAUGGGGAGUCUUAUUUUUGUUGCUGCAAUGGAUUUGGAUACUCUCUGUACAUGUAUACAAACAUGUUUUCAUCAAAGCUAUAUCAAUUAUUCAGUUGCUGCUAUAA